UUCGGAGAAGGUUUUAUUAGGGUUUUGUCUUUUGACAGUUUGAUUUCCGAACAGAGACGAAGCUUUGCCACAGAGAUGGAGAUGGCGAAGGAGCAGAGCAGGACGGAUAAGAGAGACCUCGGCCCCUCCUCGGCCUUGGAUUACCUAAACCCACAGUACUGGGAUGAGAGAUUCUCUAGCGAAGAGCAUUACGAGUGGUUCAAAGAUUACUCCCAUUUUCGCCAUCUCAUACUGCAGCAUGUCGGACCCAAGUCUAAGGUGUUGGAGCUUGGGUGUGGAAACUCGCAGUUAUCUGAAGAUUUGUACAGAGAUGGAAUUAAGCAGAUAACUUGCAUUGACCUAUCGGCCAUUGCGGUUGAGAAAAUGCAGAAACGGCUGCUUUCAAAGGGAUAUAAAGAAAUAAAAGUGCUGGAAGCUGACAUGCUAGACCUGCCCUUUACCAAUGAGGUUUUCGAUGUUGUUAUUGAGAAAGGAACUAUGGAUGUGCUGUUCGUAGACAGUGGGGACCCAUGGAAUCCUAACCCUGAAACAGCCUCGAAGGUUAUGACAAUGCUUCAUCAAGUCCACAGGGUCCUGAAGCCUGACGGGAUUUUCAUUUCAGUAACUUUCGGGCAGCCACAUUUCAGGCGCCGAUUCUUUGAUGCUCAAGAGUUCACCUGGUUGGUUGAGUGGAGCACUUUUGGAGAUGGAUUCCAUUAUUUUGUAUACGUUUUGAAGAAGGGAAAGAGAUCAUUGGAUCAUGGGGGGCUUUGCAAGAAAGUAGAGGUGCCAUCUAUUAACCUAUAUCACGAUGAAUUAGAGGGUGAAGAUUAUCUUUUUCGGACCAACAUUGACGAUUUAGAUUUCUAGGGAUGGCUUAAACUUUCUGUCCCUGUAUCCAAGUGGCUGCAAAAAUAUGCCUCGAUGAUAAUAUUUGGGAGAAGGCUUUCUGAUUUGCUUCCCUUGUGAAACUUCUCGAAUUCGAGUCAUUUCCCAGUUUUUGAUGCGAGAUAUACACUAGCUUAACUUUGGCAAGAGAUGAUGUCGCAUUGCAUCUGUAAGGGAGAAUUUGUAGGGUCACUGUCAGCGAAAAGAAAAAUGCGUUUGUUGACAUAAUCUAUCUGUUAACAAAAUUCUUCUAUUUCUGAGAUC